CUGGGGAACGGGAGCGCCCGGUUUGCCCCUCCCCCACCCGUAUGUACAAAACGUGGUGUGAAUGCAGCCUAAGGCCAAGGAUUUCCUUAGAGCCUAUUCACACGUCUGCAAUUUUUUCGGAAACCUUUACUGGGCUUCCAUUCAAGUCCAGCAAGGCGACCUUCCAAACCAGUCAGCAACGGUCAGACAAAAGGACGGGCAGAUGUAGCAGAGCUGAAUGAGUAAUUUGGGAAAAGCAUUGUGACGCCCCGGAUCUCCUCCUACUAGAAGGGAGGGUUUUAGUGCAGCCCAAGCAGAUGAUCCUGUGCACAACACUAUCCGCCUGCGACUAUAGAUCAACAUGGCACCUGUAUGCCUGAAGGACUGUAAGGCCUGGCAGGACACGGGGCUGACCCUUUCCACUACCAGCAAUGAAGCUUGUAAACUGUUUGACGCCACCUUGUAUCAGUACGUCACAUGGACAAAUGACAACUCGAUGGGAGGAAUUGAAGGGUGCCUGAAGAAAAUAAAAGAGGCGGAUCCGAAUUUCGUGAUGGGACAUAUGAUCUCGAAUGGGUUGGAGCUGAUCGGCACCGGGCGCUCACCAGUCCUCGAUUGGGAGUUCCAGAAGGAACUGGAAGUGAUGUCAGAAUUGGCCAAGACUCAGCCCCUGACCGACCGGGAGAAGCUGCACGUUGCCGCAGUGGAGACUUUCGCCAAUGGAAACAUUCCAAAGGCAUCGGACAUGUGGGAGCAGAUCUUACAGGAUCACCCCUUGGAUUUGCUGGCUCUAAAACUUGCUCACGACUGCUAUUUCUACCUCGGACAACAAACUCAGAUGAGAGAUUCCAUCGCCCGUGUGCUUCCAUAUUGGACUCAGAGUACUCCUUUAAGCAGUUAUGUGAAAGGCAUGUACUCAUUCGGGCUGCUCGAAACCAACUUUUAUGAUCAAGCCCUGAAAGUGGCCAAAGAGGCUCUGGCUGUAGACCAGAAGGACUGCUGGUCGGUGCACACCAUCGCUCACGUAUAUGAGAUGAAGGCCUCUAUAGAGGACGGACUGACCUUCAUGGAGCAAACUGAGAACCAUUGGAAGGAUGGUGACAUGAUCGCCUGUCAUGUCUACUGGCACUGGGCUUUAUAUUUCAUCGAAAAGGGGGAAUAUGAGGCGGCCCUGACCCUGUAUGAUCAAUAUAUCGCACCCAAAUGUUUUUCGAGCGGAAGCAUGCUGGAUGUGGUCGACAAUUCGUCUCUGCUGCAUCGGCUUCAGAUGGAAGGAGUAGAUGUUGGAAAACGAUGGGACAAUCUUGUCAAGGUUACCAAAAAACACACGGACGAUCACCUCCUGGUCUUCAACGAUCUUCACUUCCUAAUGUCCUCCUUGGGCUCCAAAGAUCACAAGACGACAACUCAGCUGCUCCGGACUCUGAAGGAACUUACUAAAUCUCCAGGUGAAAACUACCAGCACUCCCUGAUCCGAGACAUUGGCCUCCCACUAUGCCAGGCCCUUGUAGAGUUUGACAGCGGGAACUAUGACAAAGUGGUGGAACUGAUGACCCCGAUUCGGUACAAGAUAGUGGACAUAGGAGGAAGUCAUGCUCAGAGAGAUCUCUUCAACCAAGUUCUCAUCCGAGCUGCGGUGAACAGUAAUAAAAAAUCCCAUCAGACAUUAGCCAGAAGCCUUUUAAUCGAAAGAGACGUCUUGAGACCCAACUCCCCACUGACCGAGAGGCUGAUGAGAAAGGCCACCGCUGUUCACACCCUCAUGUAGAUCUGAUUGAUCUGGAAUCUGUAUACACCGGCGGCAAUCAAAUCUAAUCAGCAAUAUAGGACUAAAUCGUAGACUGAAAACUGCAGGGACACAAUCGUUGUCUAAAACUUAUUCCUAUGGGCGGGACCCGGCAAAUGGCAAAAUGCUGCUCAAGAUCUUCUGUAGAAGCACUGGCUAAGGUGUAUGGGGUCUGGCUCGUGAUGUCAUCACCUCUGACCAGCCCCUACAGCCAACAUCACCAUCUCCCUGCCCUAUACAUAUAUAUAUCUUUAUUGAGAUGUUUAUAUCAUGCUGCCUUGUGCUAAACAAGGCCACAGGCAGAGGAGCAGACAGGGAUUGUAUAGCAGGUGCUGUAACCUCACUGUCAGUCUGCUGUAAAGUGAGAUGUUCUGUAACCACUCUGGGCGGGGGAACUAACAGUCGUGCUGUGGAAGAGAAGUCAGCAGGGUGAAAGGGAUGUUAUUAAAAGCUAAGGGAGAGUAAUGCUUUCUGGGAAUUGUAGUACUGAGCUACUGCUUCACCAGUAGGUACAGGACUAAGACCCCCCAAAACAAAUGCAUUUUUGGUGGUUUCAGAACUGUGGCAGACAGGUAAGCAAUGCUAUAUGCUUCAGCAUUUUUAGUUUUUUUUAGCUGACAUCAGAGGACCCCUUUAAGGCAAAUGUCUUUCAGAACCUGAAUGUAAAUUAGAUUGUUUUUCUAUAUACAUGUAUGCAUUUAAAAAAUAAAUAUAUUUUAUAAAAUUAACUUUUGAUUUUACAGAGAAAUAAAUAAUGACCUCUGUGCGAUCCCCUUGUUAUAUUCUUUAGUUAUCUAUUAAGCAACGCCCCCCCCAUCAGUUGCGCCAUCUUGUUUUUCAUUGUUAGGUAUUGCUAAUAGUAAUGGCUUAUAGAGCUUUGUGUGUCACAUCCAUUAAAGGGGUAUUCCGGCCUUAUACACCUUAUCCCAAGGAUAGGGAAUAAGAUGCCUGAUCGCAGGGGUCUCGCCGCUGGGACCCAUCUCGAUCUCAGUGGAGCCUGUGCCGUGCGCUCCCUCCGAGACAGAGACGUGAUGGCCACGCCCCCUUGUGACGUCACGCCAGCCCCCUCUAUUCAUGUCUAUGGGAGGGGGUGUGACGGCCGUCAUGCCCCCUUCCAUAGACAUGAAUGGAGGGGGUGUGGCUGUGACGUCACAGAGGCAGCACCCGGCACAGAAUGCCCUAUGCAGGAGGAAAAAUCUAGUUAAAGGGGUACUCCGGCCUUAAAGGAGAUCUGUAGUGCAAUAUAACUUAUCCCCUAUCCAAAGGAAUGGGGAUAAGUUAUAUAUCGCGGGGGUCCGAGCGCUGGGGCCCCCCGGGAUCUCCUGGACAGGGCCGCGGCAGUAUGCUGGAAAGGGGGUGUUCCGUCCCCACAUGAC